UUCUAUUAUGUUACAGUGAGGACGCUAUAAAAAGCCUUAACACUAAAUAUAUCGUUUGAAUGUUUGUUUUGCUUAUCAGGUAUUUGGUUAGACUCGUGAAAGUUCUGUUACCAAAAGCAAACACAGGUGACGUCUGGUAAUUGAAAGUUUGAACACAUGACAUCACUCAAAUGGAAUUAAACGGAGAACGUUUAAAAAUGAAUUUUAAUACAGAAAUAAAUAAAGAGGAUCUCGAUGACAAGCCUAGAAUAAUGAAUGCAACUUGCACUAAAACUAUUCCAUUAGUAAGCUUCACCAUGGCUGAUCUCCCAGACAAAGAUCGUAAUAAAGAUGCGUAUGAUUUAAUAAUGGCUGCAGCUAACAAGACAGUUCGAAUAACCGUUUCAAUAGUUAGUCCACACCGACCCAACCUUUGGCCUAAAAUGAGUAGGCCAUAUCCACUAUACAAAGAAAAACUAUCUAACAAUAUUAGAACAGGAACUGGAGAGAUAGAUGUAUGUAAGGUUAUUGAUGGUUAUAAAUACAACGCACAAUUAGUUCGAGAGGAUGUUUUACUGGGCGAAAGUGAGACACCGUACAAAACUUGCCCUUGUGAAACAUGUCAACAAUCAGACAAACCCAGCAAUACCUGGUGGGAAGUAUUUGUCCAUACAGCCACGCAUUUUGUUUUUGAUGACGUGGAGGCCAGGCAUACCACCUGUGACUUAUUUUAUGAUGACCAAGACAUUCCAAUGGUCAGUUUUGAUAAGGUCAGUGUUCAUAGUGUAAACACUUUGAAAGACAAGUGCGUGUUAAAAUAUGUGACAUGUGACGUCGCAAGAGGAGAUCAACUUUUUAAGAUUGUUAAAAUCUUUGAGGAACUUAAGCAUAAAGUAUCUGAAACAUACAUGUGGAGACCAAAUCAUUUAAGCAAAUUAAAAUUUCUUGUAACACACCCUCAAGCAGGCUGUAAACAAAUCACUGUUUAUGAAUCAAAUGGUAGCGAUACAACACAUUUUGACUCUAUAACACUCUCUGAAACAGCAUGCCGAUGUCUUUUAAGUUGUGGAGCUUGCUUUCACUCUAUUGGAAAAAAAAAUAUUUUUUUCCGACACGGCUUACAAUCAAUUGGAUAUAGAGUAAUGCCAGCUGGGCCGAAUGAAGUGUACUUGAGACAUUAAUGUAAACAAUAAAUUAGUGUUACUAGAAAGGUCAAUUUUCUUUUUUUUUUUUACAAAAAAAAAAAUCUUUCCUAAUUUAAGAAAACAUUAAAAUUCUUAAUAUUGUUCUAAAAAAAAUUCUAAUUAGUUCUUCUGGGCUUAUGCUAUCCUUGUUCAUUAAGUGUUUUCUUUCAGCGUUAUUUAUCAUAGAUCUAGAAUUUAAUUAGCCUUUUGAGCCCCCGAGCAACUAAAAAAAAUAAUUAAUUCUUCAUUGAAACAGGUGAACAUGAAACUCAAAUUUCAUUCAAUGGAGAAACAGGUCUUCAAAAUCAUUUUAAAGACUGUAAGAAGAAUCCGGGUCAUACACAUUUUAUUCCCAUAACAAAAUUUAACGUAACAGAUCUGCCCGAAAAUUAUCGUGACCUUGAUAUAUAUGAACUAAUCAAGGCUACGGCAGAGCUGACUGUCAGGAUAGCUAUAAAUAUGGUCAGUCCUCACCGACCAAAGUUUUGGCCUAUUACAAAUAAUCAUUAUCCUUUUUAUCACUUUAGAGGAAGUAAGGCUUUGAGAACAGGCAGUGGAUUUAUUAGUGUAUACAAGUUUAUAAAUGGCUGUGGUUAUAACGGACAUGGUAUUAGGGACAAUCCCAUAACAGGAGGUCAAUAUGAAGCAAAAUGCAAAACGUGCCCUUGUGAGAAAUGUCAAAGUUCAGAGAAUCCUAACAACGUCUGGUGGGAAAUAUAUAUCACCACAGCAACACACGUGGUAUUUGAUGACAUUGAGGCCAGGCACACGACUUGUAGACUGUUUUAUGACGAUGAAGUUAGUGCGUUGGUUAACAUUAGAGAUGUCAGGGUCUGCUAUGUCAACAUUGAAAGAGACUACAGCAGACUAAAGUAUGUCACAUGCGAUGCUAUACUUGGUAGUAAAUUGUACUCCAAGGCGGAGCGUUGGUCUAAACUUUGGGUCCAAACAAGGGACGACUAUAUGAAAAGGCCCAAUGAAAAAUUUAACUUUAUAGUAUCACACCCUCAUGGAUGCGCUAAACAGGUCAGUGUUGGUCAGUUCGUGAGCAAUGAAAAAAUCAGUGAAGCAAAUGACAAACUUGAUAUGACAAAGUUGACAUACACGACCAGCACAUGUCCAGGAAGUAGUGGCGCUAUGGUUUUUUGUGUUGGAUUCGGAGACACCAGUCAUGUUCACAGCGGUACGUUAAGUCCUGCACUCAAUUUUAGUGGUGUAGGCUACAAUAUCAAAUAUUAGUCCUGAAGAUGAAGACUGAUUAAAUAUACAAGCAUUCUUUUUUGUAUUAAAAUAAGUACGGUAAAUGUCAAGUCUUAUAGAUUUUAGGGAAUAUAGUUAGUAAUAUACAAUUUUAUUAAUACUAUAUAUAGUUAACGAAUGAUGUACUAAGUAUUGCAAAGGUAAUUUUAAAUUUUGUAACAAAACAAUUUUUUUUUAAAAUAAAUGUAAUGAUAAACUUUUUUUAAAGUUAAUUUUAAAUGUAAAGGAAAUGUCACAGUUGAUAAUAGUAGUGUUCAAGUUUAUGAAGAUUACGUUAAGUGUUUUGAAGAUUAUGAUGAUGUUUAUGAAGAGUUUACCUAUGUUAUAGUUUGAAAAAAAACAACAUAUUUAAUGGAAGUUAAAUAAAUUGUGUAAAGGUUAUGUUAAAUUUUUAAAGAUUAAUGCUAUAUUUAGAGCAGUAAUUUUACAUUUUGGGGGCGCGGUGGCUGAAUGGAUAAGCAAUUGGAUUCUUAUCCUGGGGUCUUGGGGUUGGAUCUCGGUGAAGACUGGGAUUUUGAAUUUCGUGAUUUUUAGGGCACACCUAAGUCCACCCAACUCUAAUGGUUACAUGACUUUAGUUGAGAAAAGCAAAGUCGGUUGGUCGUUGUGCUGGCCACGUGACUCCCUGCUCGUUAACCGUGGCCAAAGAAACAGAUGAUUUUAACAUCAUCGGCCCUAUAGAUCGCAAGGUCGGAAAGGAGAAGUCAAAAUGUUUAUGUUAAAAUUUUACUACAGUAAUGUUAAAAUUAUAAUGCAUGUAUACAAAAUGAGUAUAGGGAAAAAGUAUUUAAUCUCCUAAUUGUCCAAUGUAUACUUUAAAAAUAUUAAUUUUUGUAAUAUGUAUGAACAUUCUAUGUUAAAUAAAAUGAAAUAAAUUUCAUAAAUUUGAAAAUCCCCCCCGGGCCCCCGCUUGAGGAGGGACCCCAAAAGAGUGACCGCAUUUUUUGUACAUUAAAUGUUUAGCCAAUGCCAUUUUGUCUUGCUAUUUAUGUUGUUCUGUAAAUUAGUGACCAUGUUGCAUGUAUUCAACACUUUAGACUUAUAUAUUUAUUAAGUACUUUAUCUCAUGUCAUAAAUAUGUAAUUAAGCAGGGUCUCCUAAAAUGGCCAAACCCCCCUAUCCCCAAAUCCCUUGCUACGCCACUGAUCAAAACUAGUAACAAGCCUAAAUUAAGGCAACCUAGAAACCAAAUUAGGAAAUUAGAAUUUCGAACCCAGUUUUGGAGGAAGAGGCAAACAAACGCAGAAAAUAAUCAUUGUUAAUGAUUAAAGUAAUUACGUGAUUACAUUCACAGUUAAAAUUGAUCUAGAUUUAAUUAAAAAGAAGUUCUGUGAAUAGACAUUAAGAAUGUUGUUGUUUUUUCCUAAGAGAACUAUAGAAUAGUGUCGCUGUAUGAUCUUUUUUAGAUGUAAAAUAAUAAGUAGUGAAAUACAAUGCAAAUAAAAACGCUUAUAUUAAAAUGCACUAAAAAAAGUAAACAUAUAUAUACACAAAUAAAAGCGUUGGGUAUGAGUUUUACUUUGGUGCAUACUAAAUACAGACAACGCUUUUAUUUUUUCUAUUUUAUUUUCUACUGUUUGGUGUGUAUUUUAUAUAAACUUUUGUAUAUCUUUUCUAAAAAAAAAAUUUUCUAUACUAUUUUUUUUUACCCCUUUAGUCUUUAACUUAAAAAAAAAAAACAACUAAAUAUAACUUUUGUUACAAUAUAGACAAAUUCAACUUGAGAUAAAAAGGAAAUAAAUCCUGUUCCACAUC